GCUUAAACCCGUCUCUCUAUGAGGGGCAUCUCGAAGCACGCGAUAGCGAGAGGGAAGACCAUCGACUCGAAGCAACCGAAACUAGGGUUUUCUAGGUUCUUGCUGAUCUAGACUCAGACUCGGAAAAGAAAGUUGAAGAUCAGGCCUUUAUGCUAUUGCCUCUUUAGUUCCACAGAGUAGUUACAAGCUUGUGGUAUAUAUUGGCUGGUACUUCUAUUGGAGAAUUUUACUCGGAGCCAUGAGCAAGCAACCAUUGAUAUAUAGUUUUGUCGCAAAAGGCACUGUUGUGCUUGCCGAGCACACCUCGUUUUCUGGGAAUUUUAGUACUAUUGCUAUUCAGUGCUUACAGAAGCUGCCACCAAAUAACAACAAGUUCACAUAUUCAUGCGAUGGGCAUACGUUCAACUUCCUUGUUGAUAAAGGGUUUGUUUUCCUUGUCGUAGCUGAUGAAUCGAUUGGGAGGAGUGUACCAUUUGUCUUUCUAGAGCGAGUUAAGGAUGAUUUCAUGCAGCGUUAUGGAUCGAGCAUUGAUGAUGAAGGUUCUCAUCCACUUGCUGAUGAUGAGGAUGAUGAUCUAUUUGAAGAUAGGUUCGGUAUUGCUUACAAUCUCGAUCGGGAGUUUGGACCAAGGCUAAAGGAGCAUAUGCAGUAUUGCAUAAACCAUCCAGAAGAAAUGGGCAAGCUGUCCAAGUUGAAAGCUCAGAUAACUGAGGUUAAAGGAAUAAUGAUGGACAAUAUUGAGAAG